AUGGAUCGUACUGCUCGCCCCCUCUCGAAGCUUUCCUUGUCCACUUUUAGGCGGGCUUCACCGUCGCUAGCCACUGGACUCACAUCGCUGCCGCUGACUGUGGCACAGGAUGGGUCAUACUUAGAGGUGGUGGGCCUGAAGCUCAGUGAAGCUGUGACGAAGGCGUUAGCGCAGCCCAGUGGACCCGCUGCCCCACACGAGCAGCUUGGUAGUAGACGACCAAUCCCUGCAGGACGUGGUCGUACCCUCGGCGCUCUGAUUGCCUCCGAAAUGAAAGCAUCCCGUGAGAAUUUGCACUUGCAUAGAGCGCUCAUCCGGACUCUCCAUCGUCCGCUGUCCGUACUUCUCACGAAUGUUUCGAACAACGUUCUUCCGCUUCUCUCUUCCCCAGCACUCUUAACUCCGUUAGCGCCGACGCCUCAGGCACCGACUCUUAACCCUACUCAGUUGCAUGCACUUGGCUGGGCGACCUUCGCUGGGGAGGUUUUGGAAACUUUUGACGAACUUGGCCUAGGUCUUGACACUGAUAUGAGGGGCGACGGUUUGAAGCCCGUCCGGGACGGGCUUCUGUCCGUCGUAAAGAGGGUUGUCGACCCUCUUAUGUCUGGUAUCAAGAACGAGAUGACGCCUGUCAUAGACGCACUGGCCUGUGUCUAUCCUGCACCCCUUACUCCCAGUCAUGGUCAUGGUUCUGCGGGAGGAAAAAUUUCGACAGGCGCCAAAUCGCCUAUUCCGCAUCCAUCCAUUUCAACGCUCCAAACUUUGGUGCCACUUUAUUCACGGACGCUUGCUCGUUGUGCGACAUCCACGACUGCAGAUACCAUUCUUGCGUCUCUGCUAAUCUCUCUCAUCUGGCACGGGCUCGUGGCGCUGUCCAACCGUCCCAAUUUGAGCACGUCGCCGCCGGGUUCCCCAGCGGUGACUCCGGCGGGUUUGAAGUCGAAGGACCUCAUACAGCGUAGUUUGUCGAUCUCACCCUCGACCCCCCCUUCCAGCCGGUUCACGUUGAAACUACCUCCGUCACGCCCUCCGUCACCUUCCACUAAUGUGGGGGCGAGAAGCACAACAGUAGCUGCGGAUGCUCGUGCGUUGUAUGACUUGCUCAACAUGCUGCCGCGGCCGUCCGCAGACAAGGAGCCCACGCAGCUUGCGCGCGAAGUGGUCGAUGAAGCGUUCGAGGCACUAAAUGCUCUCGCUGCUUUGCUAGAAUUUGUGCGAUCGCAAGCUCAGGUCGCGCGCGGCAGGCCUGGCGGGUCCCCUGCGGAUGCGUGCAAUGUGAUAGAGUUAGGACGUGAUUUGGAUGUCAUCACGACAGACCUUCCGUUGCUCAUCGCACUGCCUGUCCUGCUGCGUGCGUUUGUGCCUUUGCCUGUCGAAGGUACCUCUGAGCAUGAACACAGCGUGGCAUCCCUACUUGGCUUUUCCGAAGAGGAUUACAGGAAAGGCUGCCUGAGCGGGUUUGGGCGUGCAGACGAGUGUGCGGCUGCUGUAGGGCAGCGCAUGUCGGAUGUCCUGCGCGCACAAGGCAGUGUUGGUACCAUGGUGGCUCCCGAGCGACUGGAAGUCAUCUGGUAUACUUUAUUCUUCCUAUCUCAUUAUCCUUACUCCGACAUGUUUCUUCCGUCCCAGUACUCAUUGUUCGAUCGGUGUCCGCAGGACUUUAUUGUCAGAGACCUUCUCGCGUGGUGCUCACCUCGGCAUGUCCGAUUUCUAUCGCUUGCUGUACACUACUAUCUCUUCAUUCUGCGCGUAACUUAUUCGUCAUAUUUUUGGGCAUUAAUGCGCAGAAUCUUUGCUCAGGCACCUGUAGAGAUAGAUCUAUCUGUUGUCGGCAUAUGGAUCUUGAAUUUUUAA